AUGGACACCAAGACAUACGACAUCACUCACUCGGAGGAUCUCGCUGGUGGACGGCAGCAGGAGCAUGAAUAUGGCGACAUCCAAGGUACGGCGCGUAUACACGCCUCGCGCAUGGAAGAGGCUCUUCUGCAGGAGAAGCCGAGACCGCUGCGAAAGAGCUUCUUGAAAUUGUAUGCUUGUAUCUUCAUAGCAUAUCUCUGCUCGGCGACCAAUGGCUUUGACGCAAACACUUUUGGUGGUCUAUCCGCGAUGCCACCGUUCAUCGACUUCUUCGGCAUCAACUCUGACAACCAGGGUCUAAUUGCAGCUCUAUAUGUCAUUGGCAAUGUGGCCGGCUCCUUUUUCGCUGGUCCAUGCUCAGACAAAUACGGUCGACGGGUAGGCAUGGCCAUCGGCUCGACAGUGUGCAUCGUUGGGACUAUUCUCCAGGCCGCUGCGCAGAAUCUCGCCACCCUCGAGGGUGGAAGGUUCAUCUUGGGAAUGGGUGCCGUCCUCGUGCAGACUGCCGGACCGAGCUACGUCGUGGAGAUGGCGUAUCCCAAGUAUCGUGGACAGCUCACAGGUGGCUUUCAGGCUUGUUUCUUCUUGGGCACCAUUGUCUCCACCUGGCUCGAGUAUGGAUUGUACUACAUCAACACCAACUCAUCAUAUAUAUGGCGACUUCCACUGGCUGUGCAGGGCCUCCCAUCCGUCCUCAUACUCUGUUUUGUCCGGUUCAUUCCGGAGACGCCUCGAUGGCUCCUAGCUCACGACCGAGUUGAAGAAGCAAAGGCCGUCUUGGUCAAAUACCAUGGCGAUGGCGACCCAGACUCCGUGGUCGUGCGGGUUGAGCUCGAAGAGAUGAUGGAGGUCAUCCGCAUCGACGGCGCGGACAAGCGGUUUUGGGACUUCCGCGAGCUGUUCAACACCAGGGCUGCGCGAUAUCGCACCUUUUUGGUCACCUGCAUUGCAUGGUUCGGCCAGCUCGAUCUGCCCCCGACGAGCUAUUACUUCCCUCUCAUGGCGAAGACGGCCGGGAUCACCAGCGUGCACAUCCAGUUGUUGCUGAAUGCCCUCCAGACGCCCAUCAUGAUGGUCGCGGCGCUCUGCGGUCUUCGCUUCGUCGAGAAGCUGGGCCGCCGCAAGGUCCUAAUGGUCUCGAGCGCCGGCAUGUCCGCGUCGGUGGCGGUCAUCACGGCGUGCACGGCGAACCAGGCAGGCAAACCCGCCGUCGGGGCCACAGGAGUGGCCUUUCUCUACGUCUUUCUGGUCGUGUUUGCAUUUGCAUGGUCACUCUAUCCAGCAGAAGUCCUAACAUUCACCGCGAGGGCCAAAGGCAAGUUUCUCCUCUUUCCGUCCCUUUUGCGUUUCCUGCUGUCGCGACUCUCUCUUUCAUUUCAUUCACAAACACCCCAUCCCACUGCAAAGUGCCCACAGAGCAUGGCAUAUCUCAACUUCAUGGUCAACUGCGUCAACGUGCUUAACACGUACGUGCCGCCCGUGGCCAUCGCCAACUCGGGCUGGCGCUUCUACAUCCUCUACGUCGUGUGGGACGCCUUCGGCGUCGUCGUCAUCUACCUCUUCUUCGUCGAGACCCGCGGCCGCAGCCUCGAGGAGCUCGACGAGCUGUUCGAGGCGAAGAACCCCAAGCAGGCCAGUCUGGCGUACAAGCACGUCUUCAUCAGGAGUGACGGGACGAUCAAGGACGCGCCGGAAUCUUGA